AACAAACGUUAGAUCACAUUUGUUUUCCCUGAAUACAUUUUCAAGUUUCAAAAGAAGUUAAUUGGAACUAGUUAUAGAAAAAAUAAAAAAAUCAAUCAUCCAGUGUCACAAUGAAGUGGACUCCUCAACCAUGUUUAGUUGCUUACACUGGACACCAUGGCAACUCAUCUAGACAUGGAGAUGUGUUUACUCGCUGAUAUAAUGUGCUGCUUUGUGUGGGGGCAUCAAUGUUUACCUUGGAUGUAACUUUGCUAGACGCUAGAAAAAACACAAACGGCUGUAGCCAUGUUUACUGAUGUAGACAGGGCCGCUAGGUUUCACGUGCAAAAUAUUUACGGCACCCCGCAGAUUACGCGGAAACGAACUGGUCAGUGUCUGCGGCCAAGACGAAUGACUUUAAUUGACCUGAGAAAUGUUUCCCUCAAUGAUGAUGAUGUCAGCCACAGAAAAGGUAGCUCAGGAACCAUCAAGUCAGAGGGUGGCUUCACACAUUCUCACAAACAGCAGGCCCAAGAUAGCAGGGAGUCUCUGACCCCACCACGCAAGUCCAGCUUCAGCAACGCCAUGAAGGUGAAGCACAUCUCGCCCCCAACCCAGGGGGGAGGGCAGAGCCAGCUUGGGUCAGAGCUCACCAGGUUUCCUAAGCUGGAAGAAUAUGCUCAUUUCCAUUAUGAGCUUGUGGAGAUUCCUUCAUUGAAGCUAAGCUUGUGUGGUGAUGAUUCUAGUAUAUACAAACACAACACAGAGCCUCCCAAUGACUUGAGGAUGUUUCUAGUCACAGUUAGUGCUGAGAAGUCAUGGAUGAUUAGGAGAUCUGUGGAGAAUUUUGCUACUUUAGAUAAACAGUUACACAGGUGCAUUUAUGAUCGUCGUUUUUCACAACUGGAGGAUUUGAAAGCAGCCCAGCUUGAGACAAAGACAAGAGCUGAGGUGCAGCCUGUUAUAGAAAAGUACUUGAGCAGAUUUUCAGAACUUGCUGGGAAAGCUGGAGGUGGAGGAAUGGUUAACUGUGGUUCUGUUCUCAGUUGGAUGGAGAUGGACAACAGGGGUCACAGGCUAGUUGCCACUGAUGACUCAGGUAUCAAUACACCGGCCAUAGCUGCUGCCCAUGUCAUCAAGCGCUACAAUGGUCAAGCUGCUGAUGAGAUAUCCCUUCAGGUUGGAGAUAUGAUUUCUGUUAUUGAUAUGCCAUCUGCUGAAGACACUAUAUGGUGGAGAGGGAAAAGAGGUUUUGAGGUUGGCUUUUUCCCGAGCGAGUGUGUGGAAGUGAUUGGCGAGAAGCUGCCCUCCUCCAUGGCUACCUGCUUCCCUGAGCCUCUGGCCACGGCUGCCGCCUCACGUAAACCCUGUGAGAGUUUGGGAGAGAUGCCACCCAUCUCCACGACAACCACCACCACCACCACCACCCCCACCACCACAACACCAUCCACACCAUCCUCAUCCACACCAUCACCCUCCCCCUCGCGGUCCUCCACCUCGACAAGCGGUAGUUCGGUCGGGACAGUUUCGCUGUCCAACCCUGAGUCGUCACCAACCAUGAUUAGAAAACAUGGCAAACUUCUUUCAUUUUUGAGAACCUUCUUUUCUCACCGUCCCCCGCGCAACCAGCUGAAACAGUCAGGCAUUGUGAAGGAGAGAGUGUUUGGUUGCGAUCUGGGCGAGCACCUGCUGAACUCUGGCCAUGAUGUACCACUUCUCCUGAAAAGCUGCACUGACAUAAUUGAAGAGCAUGGCAUAGUACAUGGUAUUUAUAGAUUGUCUGGAAUCACAUCAAAUAUACAAAAAUUGAGGCUAGCGUUUGAUGAAGAUCGUGUGCCAGAUUUGACUGAAGAUUGUUACCUCCAAGAUAUUCACAGCAUUAGUUCCCUGUUGAAAAUGUAUUUUAGAGAAUUGCCAAACCCACUGCUGACUUAUCAACUCUAUGAUAAAUUUGCUGAUGCUGUUCGAGAUGAUGAAAAUAAAUUGUUGAAGAUUCAUGAUGUUGUCCAGCAGUUGCCUCCCCCUCACUACAGAACAACUGAAUAUCUCAUGCGCCAUCUUGCCAGGGUGGCUGCUUUUGGGCACGAGACAGAGAUGCAUUCAAAAAACCUGGCCAUUGUCUGGGCACCUAAUUUACUAAGGUCCAAAGAACUUGAAGCUGGCGGAGGUGCUGCAGCUCUACAAGGUGUUGGCAUCCAGGCAGUGGUCACAGAAUGUCUCAUUUGUUACUGCGACAUCAUCUUCACUGACAAGUUGCCCAGCUUUAACAAUGUUGAGUCAGGCAAGAGUCAGAAGAGACCUCGACCAAAAUCCCUGGCUAUAUCCACCCCUACAAGGCUGCUCUCUCUAGAGGAGGCCAGAGAGAGGGCUUUUAUUGGUCAUCUUGCUCCUAAAAAGUUUAUUGAUGUUGGCGGUGGCCCCAAAAACUUGCCCACCAAGUACCACACUGUUAUUGAUCUCCCAGGAUACAAGAAAAAAUCUCAGGGCUCAUCUAAAGAGAACAAGCCAGUGUCAGGGUCCAAGAAGGCAUCCAGUGGCACCACUGGCAGUGGGGGCUGGAAGUCUAUUUUCUCCAAGCCCAGGAGUGGCAGUGUGAAGAAAAACCGCAAGCCUAGUCAAGAAUCUGUAAACCUGGUUGCACCAGGCAAGGCACUGACUGAAGAGGAUGUUUACAACUGGAAGCGGCACCUGCGCAGUGCCAAGAGUGCCGAGUCCCUGUUCUCCCUGACCAACACGGCGUCCUCAUGUGGUAGCACCAGCAGCAGGACCUCGCGCAGCAACACUGACACAGCAAUGGGCAAGGCCAGUGUCAGGCAGGACUCCUUACCCACACCAACCAAAGCACAUCAAAGCUCAUUUCACCUGUCACAUAAAAGAUCUCUGUCAUCUGACGCACCUGCUGUACUUCGCCAGCGUCAGCUCAUGCAAGAUCAAGGUGAAAAUGGUGGCCAUGAUGAAUCUCGACAGUCCUUUGUUCGUGGAGAUUCAACUCGCAAGGCAUUACACAGACGUAUCCCAUCGGCUCCCAACACCCCACGCCAGGGUAGGAGGAGCCCCACCAAAGGGGGUGAAACUUCAGGGAGCGAGGACAACAUGGACAUCAGCUUGGAGGAUAUCAUCUACCCCAAGUGUGAGAAACUCGGCGAUGUCAACAUCGAUGAUGCCAUUAACUCUCGCCUGAUGAAAGUGGCAGAGAAAACCAGGUCUGUUAAGUCUAGCGAAGAGCUGGCGUCCUCUCCGCUUAAAAGGAGCGCUAAGUCUUCCCCCGUGGGUCAGAAGAAAGCGAAAGGUUCGUUAACCUCGCCUGGAUUACAACGAGGACAAGACAGAAGCCCGUAUGACAACGAUGACCAUGACAGCAGAAUGAGGCAGUUUUACUCUCGUUUCCACGACUACGCAGAAAUCCUCUCGGACGAUGACGCAGGCUUGGCCGGAACACCCCUCAGCCAAGGUACCAUGUCCGUGUCCAGCUCAGGCUGCAACAUGCAGGAGGUGCUUGACCAGAUCGACACCAGGCUGGCAAUGAACGCCAUGCUUUUCCCUCGACACGGCAUCGGCGACACCUCCAACUACCGCGUCGGAGAUGAAACCAAAUUCAGCAAAGAAACAGACUUCUCCACACAAACCACUACAACAACCACAUCCAGUUCUUUAAAAGAAACGGAGUUUUCUGUCAAUCUCCCCACCCCCACAACUCCUUCAAAAGAAACGGAGUUCCCAGCUACGGGUAACAGCUCACCCAGGGAGAUGGCAAGCGUUAAGGAGCUUCUGGGUUUAGGAGAGCAAGAGAAAUGUUUGAAAGAUAACAAAGCAGCCGGGGCUACGGCUGUUGGGAGAAGACGAGUAGAAGUUUCUCGGGGUAGCACAAAAAUCUACCACAGUGCAGAUAGUAACUCUUCGAAAGGGGAGGGUAACUCUACCAGAGUUGUCCGACGCCAUGCAGAGUUUAUCCCCAGUUCAGGGGCAACUUCUAGGGAUAUAGAGAACCUUCAAGACCUGCUACACAUUUUGGAAGGCACCGAUCAGAAACUGCCCCCGACUCCAUCCAAAUCUCAGUCUGAUCGUCGUGCAGAUUACAUGCAGGGGACGAAGUCUUCAUCUCAUCAUUCACAGAUGAAUAGCAGCUCCCCCCACCACCAGUCCCCCCAGUCUAGAAACUCCCCCAGAACUCAGUCCCCACUGUCCAACAACUCCCCCCGCCACCAGUCCCCUCUGUCCAGUAACUCUCCGAGCUUUGAUUCCAAGCUCUGCAUCCUUGAAGAGAAAGCGACCCUGCGCUCAGGGAUGAGUAAGUGUCUGAGCGUCCCCAGCGACAUUGCCAGGUCGUUGGAGAAUGUCACAGAGAGCCAGUCCGACAUGAUGUCAUCUGUCACAAUCAGCGAACUGUCCACGUCUAUAAAUAGCUUCAGUAACGGCCUGAUGGAGGAAGGCGGAAGGUUGAAGGUGGAGGACCCCCGACGAAGACGCAGCACGAGCCUAGAUAGCCUGACAGAAACUGACCACCUCAUGAGCAGAACUCUAAGGGAAAUCAACCGCCAAAUGGACGUUGCAUUUAAACAUGACCCCGGCCUAACAGGAUCUCACAGGCUUGUUGCCUCCGACCUUGACCUAACAACCUCCAGCUCCGAUGUCAGGCUGACCUCCCAGUCUUUUGCCGAGUCCAGUUCAAGCGUUAAGAUUCGGGAAGAUCAAUUUUCUAUGGAUGACUGUGCCAUGACCCCAACCCAAGCCAAUGUAGAGCUACUGUUGGUGGUGGCAGCACCGUCUGUAGAUCCAUCUCACUCUAGUCCUGAGGUACAGACCCCACCCAAGACAGCCAGAAAACUGAAAUCCUCCAAUCUCUCCAGCGCUGAGCUCAGCGAGUCGUUCAUCAACUAUAAUUCAUUGACUACCUCGUCCAGCACAACCAGCAGUAUUUAUCUAAGAACGCAAGAAGAUUGCUCACCUUCUCAUUCAUCCCCAGACCCCAGGGACACAGUCAACCAGCCUCAGAGUAAUCUGACAGGGCCUCACCUUGUUCAAACCCACUUUGGCCUUGACAGUGCGGACGGUCGCUGUGACAUUGCGAAUAUGUGUAGAAAUAGGUCAGAUUCAUCGUCUUCUAAUUCAUCCAAUAAUUCUGAAGAAUUUGACGAGGUGGCUUCCCCUGAGGAAGAUGAGGUUGCUUUCCCUGACGAGGAUGUGUUCACACAAAAUAUGGAGAGUAUCCCACCGUCUUCACUUAGUCCCCAGUAUUCUUCCAGUAACUUUUAUAUGAGAGAGCAAAGGAAUUUAGGAUCCCUGAGUGUUGAUCUGCCCUUAGAGGACAUUUCACCGUACCAGGUGGUGAGGAGGCAACACUCCCCUAGGGUGGAGCAGCAGUCCCCUCGGGGUGAACUCGCAGGCCGAGUCAGCGAGGACAAUCUAUUUUUAGAUGGUUCUCAGAUGGACGAGCGCAUGUCCAGCUUGUGCGCGGUGGGGCUCAUGAGCCAGAGAGCCAGGCUGAGCAGGGAGUCAUCCAACAGCAGCCUGCAGUCACCAGACUCCAGCCUGGGGGCCAUGAGAAGCCCUAUCAGAGAAGCAUUACCCGAUGUUGUUCAGUCAACCACCCAGCCACCUGACAAUGAAGUGGUCAAUGUGCCAUUGCAGUUAGCCUUAUACCACCCCGAUGAGUUCUCCAUGGACAUUCCAGCAGCCAUAUCCGGCCACCCAGUGAACAUCCACCCAUCGCCGUCAUUGCCUCAGGUACAUACCACCACUGACAUCGUUAUGGAAAGUAAAAAAAUCUUAAAGAAAUCCAGCACAGAGAACUGCAUAGCCGACCAGGCAAGUGGCUUCUCUGAUGGACGGGACUUGAUGACUGGGAGCUUAAGGCAGAGUUCUCAGGGACAGUCUGAGGUGUUGGUCAAUGAUGAAGUGGUCAGCAUGAGACCUCUCAGGCCACCACGGCGGUCUGAAGAAGCCAGGAGAACUUUUAAUUACGAAGAUGUGGCAAUGGAGGUGGACAAUUUGUGUAACAAGCUGGUGGUUGACUUGAACUCACCUAAUUUUUUAACCGAGAACAAUUUACUAGCUCCGAAGAAUUCGGAAUACGGUGAGGCUUGUCAAAGGUCCAGUAGUAACGUCAACAGUCAGGAUGUUCUGUGUGAGGUGGAGAAUGUCUUGAAUCAAGGCAAGGAGAUCCUCAUGUCACCAGAUGUCAGGGACGGGUUAGACACCAGGUCGUCGACAUCCGACAGCCUAACCCCUACUGGCAGCGACACUGGCACGCCCAUUCGUAAAACAUCCUUCUCCAAAAUACCGCGGCCCAAACCCAAUUCUGACACGAAACCCAGUGGGAGAUCCUCCUCCAUGCACGGAGACCUCACCCCAACUGCUAAAGCCGCUCAUGCGAGAAGAGGCUCUGAAGCUUCUGGUGCCGGAGGGGGAAAACGCCUAGGGCACAACCGAAGAUCCUCAGACACAAAAAUCACAGACUUCCAAACAUCUUCCACCACCACGCGUACCCAGCUCUCUAACAGUCGGUCUGAAGCCGUCGCAUCAUCCAGAUCAGCUACCAGCCCAAGAUCAAGAGUCGCCGACACUAAGCCGUCAUCUGACAGUAAAUCAUCACGCAUUCCUUUGUCACAUCGUGUUCCCAGCCCCCAGUCAGAAGCCUCCGGGCUUGGUGUCAGCAAGUCACAGAGCAAGAUACCCAGCCCCAUCCCCAAACCUAGGAAAGUCAGCUGCAGCCCUCAUGGUGCUCCGCCCGUAGAUGACGUCAUAGAAAUUACAAGGCAGUCGGUGAAGAGAGAAAACUCCACCAAAGCUGAAAAAGCAUCAUCAAAUACAAAAAAAACAUUGAUAGUGAAAGACAUGCCAGAUAAACCUGGUGCCAAAUUGGUUAUCGAGUCACAGCCAGAGCUGAAAAAGAAAAUACAAACUGUCAAUUCAAAAAAAGUCAACCAGCCACCCAGACAGCUGGCAGAACCUGUCCAGCAUGAGGAUAAUUCUGACAGCGUGUUUGACAACAGUGACACCAUGUCUGACAGGCUUCCGGGAGAUUCUCGUCUAAGAUUCUCUCAAGUUGUAGAAAACCAUUCCUACCCGGAGGUGAGGCAGGAGCUCGUAGAAAAAAAAACGCCUCCUCCAGUUGCCAAAAGAAAAUUUCACUACGAUUCUAAAUCACUUCCGCGGCGCUCAAAAUUCGACGAUCCUCACAUGACGUUUUGUAAGCAGGAAAACAAUUGUGCUCAGUAUUCCGACAUGGUGGGCAGCCGGUCUUCGUUGGACGACUCAGUGCUGCAGCUGGCUGCGGAGCGUCAUGAUCUGUUUAUUCCCGAGGAGGAGGGCGAUGAGAGGAUGUAUGUUCUGUGUACUGGGUCGCUGCGCAUCAAACGCUCACACAAGAUGCAGAGCCUGAUGGACUUGUUUGAGCGCGGCUCCGACUCCAACGUCUCAGACAGCUCCGGGAGCCCUGGCACCAGACACAGAGACCGGACGUACUCUGGAUCACUGCUCGGACAGGCUGGUCAACUGACCCCUUGUUUGGAGGUGGGCAAGCCUGAUCAAGAGUCUGCUGAUGACAGCUUUCUUCCUUCAUCUCCAUCUAAAUCCACUCAUUCACCCCAAACACCUAAACCUUAUGACAUGUCUGAUGUUAAUGUUAAGGAAACGGAAAUCUCUUCUUCUCAGCCGCAAGCCAAACCGGGACCUGUGUUAAGAACAUGCUCACAAGACAGGGCGCGCCCAGCUGUGGCCAAGAGAAAAUCCUCCCCUGCUGGGAAGGAAAAACUCCAAUCAUCCACUCACUCAGAACCAGUGGCCUUGAGAGGUUCACGCCCGCCCCGUUACCGCAGCAACUCUAAACCACGCACAUACAGCGAGUCAUCAACAUCCGAGUCUGACACCUCCCACCAAACAGAAGCCACUGUCAGGUUCGCUGCCACCUCUUCGAAAGAAUCCUCGGCGCCACAGCAGCCUUCACAACCCAUUGUGACACGUAGACGCACGGAUAAAAAAAAAGACAUUGACCCAAUCAAAACACAAGACGGUAAAGAAACAAGAAAGAGCAUGUCUUCCGUUUCAUUUGUCUCGCCCGUUUCAAAUAACUCAACCACCCCGCCCACAUCACCCAGAAAAUCUGAACGCAGAAACAGCAUUAAAGAACUGAGGUUAGUGUUUGAGCCCCCUGAGGGGGAGACACCACCCUCAGACUCCCCAACUAUGUCCCCAGACCCUAGUGAACCAAGAAGGAUGAACCGUAUGAGACUGAGCCUAGAGAUCCCGUAUAGCUCUGGUGGCCAAAGUAUAGCUGGCCCUAGCUCAUCCAAUGCCAGUCAAGUUAGCCAAAGUAUAGCUGGCCCCAGCUCAUCCAAUGCCAGUCUAGUUGGCCAAAGUAUAGCUGGCCCCAGCUCAUCCAAUGCCAGUCAAGUUGGCCAAAGUAUAGCUGGCCCCAGCUCAUCCAAUGCCAGUCAAGUUGGCCAAAGUAUAGCUGGCCCCAGCUCAUCUAAUGCCAGUCAAGUUGGCCAAAGUAUAGCUGGCCCCAGCUCAUCUAAUGCCAGUCAAGUUGGCCAAAGUAUAGUUGGCCCCAGCUCAUCUAGCACUGGUCCAGUUUACCAAAAUCUGCUUGGACUAACUGGCGAAGACCAAAUCCUAUCUGGCAAUGUUGGAGGUGGCCAGAUUUCAUCAGGAACCAGUGGCCAAAACUCAACUGGAAGUUCUGCGAGCAGCCAGCCUUUAAGGCUUGGCCCAAAGCCGUUUUAUGGAACACAGAAAUGAUUUAGAAGUACAAGACAGUUCUAAAAUCACUUAGUCCAUUUAUACAGCAUUGUUUCUAUCUAUAGAAGAGUGAAGCCAUUGGUCAGUUGUUCAGUUGAUUUCUCUCAGCAAAGAGAAGCUAACCAUGAGGGAAAAAACUACUUAAAAAGAGGUUAUCUGAAACCAUGGCUGUAUAAAACAAAGAGGAACAAAUGAAUUGGGUUUCACAUAGUAACACAACUACACACUAUACAUCAUCAAUAAACACUAGCCCAGUGAGCUGCACAUUAUCAUUAAAACAUAAGCUGAGGGUGAACUACACACUACACAUAAUUAAAACACUAGCCAAGUGAGCUACACAUUACACAUAAUUAAAACACAAGCUCAAUAACUAAACUUUACACAUCAUCAACAAAACUUUAGCCCAGUAAAUUACACACUACACACCAUCAUUAAAAUACUAACCCAUUAAACUACACACUACACACCAUCCAGCAGUCUUCCAAUGUUGGAGUGUUAAAGUGCUGAGCUACCUUGUCAAAGAAUUUUACUAACCUGUAUGUUAGCAUCAAGUCUUAAUUUCCAUCUAGCUAAAUUAUUUUUUACUAUAGAACUGUAAAUAACAAUGCCUUGACAACCAGUUAACAAUUGUAUGUGCAAUAGCAAGCCAUUGUUACCCAGGCAGGCCAUUAUUGCAUUUAUUCACGUGCAACAGUUUGUGUGUAAAAUGUGUACAAAUUUAUAUACGCUUUUGUAAUGUGUACAUAAAGAUGUGUAUGUAGAAAGAAAUGUGUACCAAUGUAUAAAAUCAAAACCAUUGUACAUAAGAUUUUAUGUAUUUGAAAUUUUUUGUCAGGUAGGGCUGGGGGGAAGGGGAGGGGGGAUGUUUUUUUUUUAAACCGUGUGCAAUUUGGUUUUUAUAUUUUAUUGACUUGAGUUUUUUUUUUCAUAUUUUAUUUAUGAAGUAAAAAUGGAAAUCCAUUUUAUUCAUGGAGAAAAAAAUGUUUCAUGUUAAUCCCUGAUAUUAUCUUUGAACAAGUUAAAGAAAGAAUAACAAAAUAUCUAGUUUUAAAAAAAUGCAUUUCUUGUGUUGACCCGAUCUUACAGGGCACACUGAAUUGUUUUGUUGAGAAAUGGUAUUUAGAAAACCCUACAAGGUUUUUACUAAAACUGUAACUAUGAAUGAUUGAAGGCCAAUUAUUUCUACUUAAAUCUUUGUACAUUUUCUAAAACAAAAUGUGGGCUUGGCUCCUACACAUGACCUGACACUGAGUGUGUUUGGUGUUAUAUUUACUAUUGUGUUUGUGAAUGUGUGUUUAGUUAUCUUAGCUGCUUAUUGUCAGUGAAUGGUUUUGUGUGCAUAAUAAUUUGUAUGGUUUCUCCAUCAUCAUUAGGGCCUUGAAUUUAUCGUAGACCAGCAUGUUAGGUUGUUUUAAAGUUUUUUUCAUUUCCAUUCAUCACUUGAAAUAAUUCUUUAAAAAAAAAAAUAUAUAUUGUGCUAUUUUUAUUUAAAUUAAUACUUUUUUAAUAUACAAAUUUAGCUUCUUGUAUUAAUUUUGAAAUUGGCAUGUAGAAUUUAGAAAUUCUUUUCUGAAUUGUACAUUUUUAGUCUUGACUUAUCUUCCCCUUGAUAUUUCUGACCUUUUAAAUUCUCUCCCCUUGGCCUUUGUUUUUCAGUAGCUUGAUCUCGCACAAAGAUCUCAAUGUCUGCUGUCAGUUUGUCUGAUAUAUUUUUUUUUAAAUUGAUGUACUGAAGGCAUCAGCUAGUUACAAAAUCCCGGACAGGGUUACUGGUGGAAAUUCUAACUUAUGAAUUUUGAGUCUUAACUUUUAACUGUAAAGAUAUAGGGUGAAUGCAGUUUUACUUGUUGUGUAUGGUAACUUAAAAAAAAAAACUGCCCUUAAUAUAUUUCUGUAACUGAUUCAAUAAAU